UGUUUUCACUCAGAAGAGAAGAGGACUCGAAGAAGAAGAGGGGUUCAAAUUCCGCCUCUCCUGGUCAUUUUGUCUCCUCUCUUUCCACAAAAAAUGUAUCUAGAGCUCCGCAUACAGAAACUGCCCCUUCUUUCCCUCCUUUCUCCCACCUGAACCCUAGAUUCUAACAAUUCCUCAUGCAGAUCCGAUAACAGACUUCUCCGCCAAUAAAAGGCCCUAGCUUUGGAAACUUUAAUAUGGCUGAGUUAGGGCAACAAACUGUCGACUUCUCCGUUCUGGUGAGUCGGGCCGCCGAGGAAUCUUUCCUCUCCUUGAAAGAAUUGGUUGACAAAUCCAAAUCCUCUGACCAAAUGGAUUCCGACAAGAAGAUUUACCUCUUGAAGUACUUGGUUAAGACACAGCAACGUAUGCUCAGACUCAAUGUACUUGCUAAGUGGUGCCAACAGGUUCGGUUAAUACAAUAUUGUCAGCAACUUCAGUCUACCCUAUCAAGUCAUGAGGCAUGUUUUACCCAAGCUGCAAAUUCGUUGUUUUUCAUGCAUGAGGGGCUACAGCAAGCUCGAGCACCUAUCUAUGAUGUUCCAUCUGCCAUUGAAGUCCUCCUUACUGGAUCUUAUCAGCGUUUACCAAAAUGUAUAGAAGAUGUAGGUAUGCUGAGCACAUUAGCUGAGGAGCAGCAGAAGCCAGCUCUAAAGAAGUUGGACACACUUGUGCGUUCUAAGUUACUUGAAGUCACACUCCCAAAGGAAAUUUCUGAGGUGAAAGUUUCUGAUGGUACAGCACUGCUUUGUGUGAAUGGUGAAUUUAAGGUGUUAGUUACACUUGGCUACCGAGGGCACCUCUCAAUGUGGAGGAUAUUGCAUUUGGAGUUGCUUGUUGGUGAGAGAAGUGGACUUGUGAAACUGGAAGAAUUGAGACGGCAUGCUCUGGGAGAUGAUUUGGAGCGCAGAAUGGCAGCAGCAGAGAAUGCAUUCGUGAUAUUGUAUUCAGUUCUCCAUGAGCUUUGCAUUUCACUCAUUAUGGAUACUGUCAUAAGGCAAGUACAAGUACUACGUCAAGGAAGGUGGAAAGAUGCAAUUCGGUUUGAGCUCAUAUCUGAUUGUAGUACUGGAUCUACGCUGCUAAAUCAAGAUGGAGAAACUGAUUCAGCUGGUCUUCGAACACCUGGGUUGAAAAUUGUAUACUGGCUAGAUCUGGGAAAAAACUCUGGUACAUCUGAUUCAGGGACAUGCCCAUUUAUAAAAAUUGAACCAGGACCAGAUCUACAGAUAAAGUGUGUUCAUAGCACUUUUGUUAUAGAUCCAAUAAAUGGUAGAGAGGCAGAAUUUUCCCUUGACCAAAGUUGCAUUGAUGUUGAGAAGUUGCUGUUAAGAGCAAUAUGCUGUAAUAGGUAUACUUGUCUGCUUGAAAUUCAGAAAGAUCUGGGAAAAAAUGCUCAAAUCUUUCGUGCUGCAGGAGAUGUUGUUCUUCGAUUCCACAUGGAUGAACCUGAUGUUGACCACAAGAAGAAAGAAACUCAAAAUGAUGGCAGAGAAUACGAGGGAGAGGAAUACUAAGUGUACGUGCUUGUGGCUCAUCAUUUUUUACACUUGGAAUAU